GGCCGAGCAGAGCGAGAAAGAAGCUGCUGGCUGUACCAUGAAAACGCUUCUUCUUUUGCUGCUGGUGCUCCCGGACUUGGCGCAGGCCUUGGGCCCCCUGCACAGGGUGCCCCUUAGGAGGGGUCAGUCCCUCCGAAAGAAGCUGCGAGCACGGGGCCAGCUCUCCGAGUUCUGGAAAUCCCAGAACCUGGACAUGAUCCAGUUCACCGAGUCCUGCACGAUGGACCAGAGUGUCAACGAGCCCCUGGUCAACUACUUGGAUAUGGAGUACUUUGGCACCAUCUCCAUUGGCUCCCCACCGCAGAACUUCACCGUCAUCUUUGAUACCGGCUCCUCCAACCUCUGGGUCCCCUCUGUGUACUGCACCAGCCCGGCCUGCAAGACACACCCCAGGUUCAGCCCUUCCCAGUCCAGCACAUACAGUGCCCCAGGGAGCCACUUCUUCAUUCAGUAUGGGACGGGGAGCUUGUCCGGAGUCAUCGGAGCCGACCAGGUCUCCGUGGAAGGGCUGACUGUGGUCGGCCAGCAAUUUGGAGAGAGUGUCACGGAGCCUGGCCAGACCUUUGUGAACGCAGAGUUUGACGGCAUUCUGGGCCUGGGAUACCCCUCCUUGGCUGUUGGAGGGGUGACUCCGGUGUUCGACAACAUGAUGGCCCAGAACCUGGUGGACGUACCCAUGUUUUCUGUCUACAUGAGUAGUGACCCAGAAGGUGGUGCAGGGAGCGAGCUGAUUUUCGGAGGCUACGACCACUCCCAUUUCUCUGGGAGUCUGAACUGGGUCCCGGUCACCAAGCAAGGCUACUGGCAGAUAGCACUGGACUCAAUCCAGGUCGGGGGUGCCGUGAUGUUCUGCUCAGAAGGCUGCCAGGCCAUUGUGGACACAGGGACCUCCCUCCUCACAGGCCCCUCAGAUGAGAUCAAGCAGCUGCAGAAGGCCAUAGGGGCAGAGCCCGUGGAUGGAGAAUAUGCCGUGGAGUGUGACAAUCUCAAUGUCAUGCCGGAUGUCACCUUCACCAUCAAUGGAGUUCCCUACACUCUUCAACCAACUGCUUACACCCUGCUGGACUUCGUAGAUGGAAUGAAGUUCUGCUCCAGUGGCUUUCAAGGCCUUGACAUCCAGCCUCCCGCCGGGCCCCUCUGGAUCCUGGGCGACGUCUUCAUUAGACAGUUUUACUCUGUCUUUGACCGAGGGGAUAACCGUGUGGGGCUGGCCCCAGCCGUCCCGUAAAGAGGGGCCUUGUGUCCGUGCCUGCUGCCUAACGCCCCUGGGAAACCCAGCUGGGCCUGUCAGGUUGGGGCAUUGUUCACAUCUGUCAAAAAGUCGUUUCCAAUAGAUUGCACUUGUUCAGAGGGGCAACUUCAAUUAGGAAUAAACACAGCUGAGACCGAAUGCGCGCGCGCACACACAUUCACACAUUUCCAUAUAUCACCACCUCUACCACCAUCAUGAUAGGAUUGAUUUGUAUGCCCAAACUUUUUAUUGCUUUUGGCUAACAUUUUAUUAUGGAAGUCUCCAAUUAUGGACGUUAUGUAUAGAAGCAGAGAUUAUCCUAUAUAAUAAAAACGUAGUA